AUGGCUGGGAGUAGUGUCUACACACCUUUUUCAUCUAUCUACCAUCACUCAAAGAGGGGAGACCCAGAGGAGGGCAAGCUGCUGGUGGCCAGGGUGCCGGUCUUAGACCCAGAGAGGUCGGGGCAGAGGGUGGCCACAGAGGAGGAGAAAUUGGAGUCUGAGUCCACUUCAUCCCCUGUUACAGACUCUGGAUUCUGUCACAGUGAGAGCUGCUCUGAUGCAUCUUCAAUCCCUUCAUCAUCAGCCACAUUCACAUCAUUCAUGAUUGGUGACCCGUUCACAUUUGUCCUCCUAAAUGAAAAAGAGGGUAGGGUGAAGGUGUGCAAUGGCUCCUUUUGCUGUCACCUGCAGUACAAGCGAAUUUCACAGGGUUACAGUGAGGAGCUGUAUGCACUUGGUGCGUUUGCUGAGCUGCACACUUUGGAUGGAGACCUAUCCCUGCAGGUAUGAACUAAAGGGUUUAUGGAUAUAGACACUGUCCUUUACAACAUGUCUCACCUGUAUCCUUCCUUCUGCAGGUGUGUGCACUCGUCCGUUGUGCAGGGUCGGACCCAAGCUCCUGUGGACAGGGAGUCGAAGAAGCUGAGACCAAAAUGGACUUUAUGAUGGAGGGGAAGUUUUGGAACCAGCAUUAAAGCAUUUUGACAAAUCUGCAGAUGGAAGAGUGACUUUAAAACACUCAGACAUGACUGCUGGACUGGUGACCGCCUGUCUGUACGGAUGGAUGUAUCACCUGGACCACGAAUAAAAUGCUAUUGAAAAGAUGUGCUGAAAUAUUGUAGCUUAAUAAAAAAAAUAAUGUACACAGUCGUAAAAUAGUUUUAUCUAGUGUAACAAAUCAGCUGUGCUGAUCACACACUACA